GAAAGAGGACCGUUUGAGAGAAACGGGGAGAAAGGGCGAAGAAUGGCGAGCCACAGCGGCGGGGUUGGCAGUGGCGGCGGUGGCAGCGCUAGCGGCUACGAGAGCCCGAUGGUGAGGCAGGAGCUUGCGAAGCUGGACAAGGGCGGUGAGAAGCGGCGCAGCGCCCUGGCGUCGCUGCGCGCCUGCGUGGAGAAGCUCGACGCCUCGAGCGUUCCCCGGUUCUUGUCCCAGGUCGGCGACGCCCGCGAUCUCUCCGAGUCGCGCCCCCACGCCAUCUCGCUCUAUACGGACGUGGCGCGCGUCCAUGGCCGGCUCAUCGCGCCCGAGAUCCCCCGCAUUAUGAUCACCAUCACGCGCACGCUCUCCUCCAGCGGCAGCUCCAUCCAUCUCCACGAAUCUUGCGCCCGGGUCGUGGCGGCGCUGCUCAGGUACGCAAUCUCGCCGCUCAGCGCCAUGGCCGACGCCGACAAGGUCUUCCCCGACGUUUGCAACCCUCUCAUCGACGUUCUCUCGGCCAAGAUCGAGCCGCUGGCCGCGGGCGCGGCGAUUUGCCUCCAGGCUGCGGUGGAAUCCGAGAAGUGGAAGUACGCGCCCCGGGAUUUGGUCGCGGAUUUGUGCGCCAGGGCGAGCGCGGUGCUGAAGGAUCGUUCCGGGCAGACAGUGGGGCACAUCCAGCUCGCUCGAUCGCUGGUGCGUGUCGGUGCCGUGGCGCCGGAUUGUGGAGUGGCGCUUCUGCGCGCUUCCACCGAGAUUCUCCGCGGCAAUCCACCGGCGUGGCAGCAGAAAGCCUCGGCGCUCCAGCUCGUGAGAGCGCUGCUGCUGGGCCUGGACAAGAAAUCCCUGGCCGAGGAGUCGGAGUCGAUUGGGAAGAUCAUCGAGCACAUCAGGCGGGACCGGAUGCCUCACGUACGCAGCGAGGCCGUCAAGGCGCUCCAGGCGCUCAAGGCCCAGCAAGUCUCUUUCUCUUCGGACGACGCGAAUGGCAACUCGAUCCACUUGGCGGUGGCCGGGAUGGAUUCUUUGAGCCGCUCGAGCUCGAGAUCUUCCCGGAGUUUCUUGUGGGAGCAGCACCGGGACGAGCUGUGCUCCGCCGCGGCGCCGUCGACGUCGCAGGAGUCGCAACUUGUGAGCCUCUCGCCACCCCCGGCGUCACCCGAGUCGUCCUCGCCGGUCUCGAGGAGCCGGCGCCGCCGGCGGUAUCCGCUGCUUCCUCCAGCGCAGCGGACGGGCUCCUCAGGGUCUUCGAGCAUUGCCACCAGUGAAGACGCCUCGGAUUCCUUUGCGACUUUCGAAGCUCCCGGCUUGGAAUCCAAGGAGAACGGGCAGAUGGAAGAGGGGUUGCAGCUGGACGAUCAGUGUGCUGCUAGCAGCGAGAGUUGCGUGGUUGACGACUCCGAGGAGGUGGUGGUGGGGAACUUUUUUGGAGAAGUUGACGUUACCGCGACCGCAAGGAGCACGAAUGCGCGGUAUGCUCUCGUUGAUCAGAGCCCGGCUAGCACUGUUACUACUGCCAAUGGAGACGAUGUUGCGAAGUUCUCCAACAAUGUCGCAGCGACACCCGAGCGAAGCGCAUCGAUUCUUACUGCUGAAGACUUCACAAAGUAUACAACGCCGAGGAGGCUGGUGCGGUCGCUACAGGCACUUGAAUCCAGUCCAGACAGUGAUCCCGACGAGAAGCUGGACGACUCAGUGUUAAUCGACGGGGAGGCCGAAGAAGAAGAAGAAUCCAGCGAAGCGGCUUGGAGUGUCCGGGACAAUCCCAUCGCCGAGCAGGACUUAUUCGCCGAUCGCCACCGCUUCCAUCUUCAACAGCCGCAGAAGCAUGGUGAGUGUGAUGAUCCACUGUUCCAGGACGAAGAAGAUCAAACCGAGAACACACCGCUAUCACCACCACAAUCGUCGACGAAAGCGAUCAAGCCGGUUGUGACGAAGAGCAAGAAGAAGAGGACUUGGAAGAUCGCUCGAGGAUGGAUUGAAUGGCUACUGGGUGGACUGUUAGUCGUGGUGCUACUACUUCCUCUGGCUAUGGUGGUGUUAAUGCUGGGGUUUAGCACCCACGAUGUUGGCUUGGUUCCAACUUAGAGAACUUAAGUUAAUUUGACAAUAGGCAGUACAAAGAUUCGAUCCC